CCACACUCACUUCCUUCACCCAGUCAGACUGCACAGCUUCAUUCGUGUCGACUGCCCAGAGUCCACGGAUACAGCCCUGCACCUCCCAUCACCACCACAAAUUCAACCUGACCCCAUACAUACAGUACAGCAAAGCAGCACAUCUGCAGAGCUGUUGUGACAGCAGCUACAUUCCACCAGCCUCUCCCGUUCUGUUCAGACAUGUCGCUCUACACUUUUGGCCUGGAGCCGCUCUCCUGCCACACCUGGAAUAAAGACAGGACCCAGAUUGCAGUGAGUCCUAACAACAACGUGGUGAACAUCUAUGAGAAGAAAGGCAAAGAGUGGGUCAAGAUCCAUGAACUGAACGAGCACAGCGGACGAAUCACCGGCAUUGACUGGGCCCCGGAGUCCAACCGCAUUGUGACAUGUGCCUCUGACCGCAACGCCUACGUGUGGACUCUGAAGGAUGGCGUGUGGAAGCCCACCCUGGUCCUGGUGCGCAUCAACCGUGCAGCCACCUGUGUGAAGUGGUCACCACUGGAGAACAAGUUUGCCCUGGGCAGCGGAGCUCGGAUCAUCUCUGUCUGCUAUUUUGAGAAGGAGAACGACUGGUGGCUGAGUAAGCACAUCAAGAAGUCUGUUCGCUCCACAGUGCUGAGUCUGGACUGGCAUCCCAACAACAUCCUACUGGCUGCUGGGUCUGCAGACCUCCACUGCAGGGUUUUCUCAGCCUACAUCAAGGACAUCGAGGACAAACCCGGGCCCACUGCCUGGGGGGCCAAAAUGCCUUUUGGGGAGAUGCUGCUGGAGCAUAAAGACUGUGGAGGCUGGGUGCACAGUGUCUCCUUCUCCCCCAGUGGAGACCAGCUGGCCUGGGUGGCCCACAACAGCAGCAUCACUGUGGCUGACGCUGCCCAGGACAAGGAGGUAACCCAGCUGACCACCGAUCACCUACCUCUGCUGAGCGUGCUCUACGUCAGCCCCACUGAGAUUGUUGCUGCGGGUCAUGACUGUUGCCCCUACCAGUUCAGCUAUAAGGGUCCAGGUGCUCUGGAGUUUGUGAAGAAGCUGGACAUCCCCAAGCAGGCGUCAAGGGGCACCAUGUCAGCCAUGCAGCACUUUCGCAACCUGGACAAGAAGGCCACCGACGAAGACAGCAACGAGCUGGGCACCCUUCACCAGAACAGCAUCACGCAGCUGUGUGUUGUGUCCGGAGAAAAAGCCAGAGUGGAGAAGUACAGCAGUGUGGGCCUGGAUGGCGUCAUGGUGGUCUGGGAUUUUAAGCAUUGAGACGCCGAAGUUGUCGGUCCUUGAGGUCUCAGAAGCUGAACUAUGAGCUGAACCAACCAACACCAACUUGUAUCGACCACUCCUCUGUGAAACAUAAUACAGUGAACCCAUGUGUAUAAAUAUGGAACUACUGAUGUGCUUUUGAGCAACUGGGAAACAAUGUCAGCACAAGAGCUUUGUGAUAUUUGUCAGUAAAAUAAAUAAAGAGGAUAUUUACAGGC